AUGGUCAGCUUCAAAUACCUCGGCGCGCUGGCGAGCGCCGCCCCAGCUCUGGCAGCCUUCGGUGUUACUACCAGCGGCAACAACCUCAUUGUCGACUCUGGAAAUUCCAAUGGCUUCUCUGUUGCCGUCAGCAAGAGCGAUUGCUCCAUCAACUCGAUCCUGUACCGAGGUGCCGAUUACCAGUAUAAGUCGCAGACUUCUCACAUUGCGUCUGGUCUUGGCUCGGCUACUGUGACGUCCACUGUCAUCAACAACAAGUACAUCAAGGUCACAUGUACCACCAAGUCCGGCGACUUUGACCUGACUCAUUACUAUGUCGUUCAGAACGGCCAGAGCAACGUCUACAUGGCCACCGAUACCAAGUCUCAGCCUGCCAUCGGUGAGCUGCGUUACAUUGCUCGUUUGGAUCGUUCCAAGCUACCCAAUGAGAUCCCCUUUGGCGAGGCUUCAAACACCUCUGGCGGUUCCGCCGUUGAGGGCUCCGACGUCUUCAACAUCAACGGCCAGACCCGCUCCAAGUUCUACUCAUCCCAGCGCUUCAUCGACAACGACAUUUGGUGCUUCCAGAGCGGAGCCAAGGAUGUUCAUGCCUGCAUGGCCACUCACGCCUCGCGAUCCUACGAGAAGAGCUCUGGAGGUCCUUUCUUCCGUGACAUCAACAGUAACAACAACGGCGACUUCAGCGCCCUCACCCUUUACAUGAACUCUGGCCAUGCCCAGACCGAGGCGUUUCGUCAGGGCUUCCACGGUCCUUAUGCUUUGACCUUCUCCCGCUCUGGUGUCCCCAAGGCCAAGGACAUUGACAUGUCUUUCUUCAAGGACCUUUCCAUCCCCAACUACACCGCUGACACCUCCCGCGGCCGAGUAAGCGGCACUGCCACGGGCGUUCAGUCAGGUUUCCAGAGUGUUGUACACUGGUUCAACAACGACUUCCAGUACUGGACCUAUGCCUCAUCCAACGGCGCUUUCACAUCCCCUUUCAUGGUUCCCGGCACUUACACCCAGGUGCUCUACCAGGGUGAGCUCAAGGUCGCCUCCAAGAGCGUAAGCGUCUCUGCCGGCGGCACGGCCUCUUCCUCCAUCGCCGCCAACUCGGACAUCACCACUGGAAAGCACACCUCUGUCUUCCGCAUCGGCGACUGGGACGGCCAGCCCACGGGUUUCCGCAACGCCGCCAACCAGCUGCGCAUGCACCCUAGUGACGCGCGCAUGGCCAGCUGGGGUCCUCUGACCUACACCGUCGGCACGAGCUCCGUCGGUGACUUUCCCAUGGCCAUCUUCAAGGCCGUCAACAACCCAGUCACUAUCAAGUUCAACCUCCCCUCCGCCAUCUCGGCCCAAGCCACUCUCCGCAUCGGCACUACCCUUGCUUUUGCUAGCGGUCGUCCUCAGGUCACCAUCGGUAGCUUCACGAAGGCAUUCGAUGCACCAACCAAGAUCGACUCGCGAGGUGUUACACGUGGUGCUUACCGUGGCCAUGGCGAGGUUUACGAUGCUGUUGUCCCAGCUGGCACUCUCAAGGCAGGAUCCAACACUAUCACCAUUGAGGUCAUUUCUGGUAGCUCUGGUGCUACUUUCCUGAGCCCCAACUUCGUCUUUGAUGCUGUUGAGUUGUUCUACUAA